AUGUCAGAGAGCCACAUUUCCAUGCCUGUAUCCCGGGCUGAAAGCCGUGCGCCCGCGCCAGCAAGGCGCCCGGUGGGAUCCGCGGCGCAGAGCAGACAGCGCUCUACUUCACCGCAGCUCUUGCGCUGCAAGAGAAGAGGCAAUCUACAAGCAGGGGUGGACUUGGAUUUUUGUCACCACCAGAGACGGCUGUCGGUGGUCCGGAGAAACGAGCGUGAAAGAAACCGGGUGAGAAUGGUGAACGCCGGCUUCCACACCCUGCGCCAGCACGUGCCCCGCGGGGCUGCUAACGGGAAGCUCAGCAAGGUGGAGACGCUCCGGUCGGCCGUGGAGUACAUCCGCGCCCUGCAGCGGCUCCUGGGACAGAGCGAGGCGUUUCAAGCCGGCGGGGUGCCGUCACCCUCCCUGACCGUCUCCAGUGCGCUGUCAGGCGGGCCCGACUCUCCCCAGUCCACCUGCUCCUCCACGGAGGAAGAUGGAGGGAGAUACGAGGAAGCCCAGCUAAUAGAUUUUACCUCUUGGCUGCACAGGUAG